AUGAACUACCUGCGCUCCGUCGCCGGCGGCGUCUCCAAGGGCUGGAACUCGAUCAACCCGGCCACGCUCAGCGGCGCCAUCGACACCAUCGUCGUCGAGCGCGAAGAUGGCUCCAUGGCUUGCUCGCCCUUCCACGUCCGCUUCGGCAAAUACCAGAUCCUGCGCCCCUCGGACAAAAAGGUCGAGUUCCGCGUCAACGGCGAGCUCCAGAACUACUCCAUGAAGCUCGGCGAGGGCGGCGAGGCCUUCUUCGUCUUCGAAACCUCCGCCGCCAUUCCCGCCGACAUGCAGACCUCGCCCCUGGCCUCGCCCGCCGCCAGUCCCGAGCAGAAGCCCCUCGAGACCUCGCCCGCCCAGCUGCUCGACGACCCGGAGCCCCUCGAUCUCGCCAGCAUAGACAGCGGCCUGCGGAGAAGAGGACGCAUGUCCAUGUCCGUGCCGCCCUCGGACGCACAGUACAACGAAGCAGACUUUGGCCGCCCCGUCUCCGGCGACUGGUCCGGCUUCCAUGUCCAGCGGUCCCAGACAGACACCGUCGUUCCCUCUGGGAAUGACGACUUCCCCGCCCAUCUCGACGGCGUCAAGGAGCAUGGCCCGCUCGAGAUCAGCAGAGAGGAUGCCACGAGGUGGAACCGAACAGCCCGCUCAGCGAGUCCCCCGCCCGUCUCGCAGGCCGAGGCCCUGGCCCGUGCCAUCAAGCUGUCCAAGAAGCUUUUCACCUCCAACAUCCCGAACAAGGUCACCGACAGCGGAGACCUCGAGCUGGACAUGACAGGCUACAAGAGCAGCGAGCAGGACGCUCUGCGCGCCGAGGUCCUGGCGAGAAACAUCUUGUCAGACGAGCUGGCGGGAGACUACGACAUUGGCGCACUGAUUGGCGCCGACGAGAACGGAAACCUUUGGAUCUACAGCAGCGAGGAAGCCAAGGCAGCCGCCAUGCAAAAGACCGCCCACAGCGUCUUCAGCGAGCCUUCCCUCGACGCAGUCUCCGAUCCUGGCUACCAAAGCGACAGCGGUGUCAGCGAUACAUCCGCUGGAUUUCCUCCCCACACGCGCAACGACUCGGACAGCGCCCUUGGCCUCUCCGCUCCCCACUCCCCCGAGCAGCAGCAAAAGAAGACCGAAACGCGCAACUAUGCCAAAACCCUGCGUCUCACCAGCGACCAGCUGAAGGACCUUAAUCUGAAACCAGGCCAGAACACAAUGUCCUUCACCGUCAACCGCUCCAAAUGCGAAGCCUACAUGUUCUACUGGCAGCACUCUGUCCCCAUCGUCAUCUCCGACAUUGACGGCACAAUCACAAAGUCGGAUGCCCUCGGUCACAUCUUGAACGUCAUCGGGCGCGACUGGACACACAAGGGGGUUGCAAAGCUCUACACCGACAUCGUCAACAACGGAUACAACAUCUUCUACCUCACUUCUAGAAGUGUAGGGCAGGCAGACACGACAAGAGCGUACCUCAACGGGGUGGUGCAGGAGGAUUACAAGCUGCCUAGAGGGCCGGUGAUCAUGAGUCCAGAUCGCACCAUCGCGGCACUGAGGAGGGAGGUCUACCUUCGCAAGCCAGAAGUCUUCAAAAUGGCGUGCUUGAGGGACAUCAUGCAACUCUUCGACAAGCCUGCCGGCCAAACACCCUUUUACGCGGGCUUUGGAAAUCGCUUCACAGACGCGCUCUCCUACCGCAGCGUCAACAUCCCAUCCACGCGCAUCUUCACAAUCAACUCCAACGCCGAGGUCAGCCUCGACGUCCUCUCCCUCAACAGCUACAAGACCGGAUAUGCCUCCAUGCGUGAGAUUGUCGACCACUUCUUCCCGCCCGUGGGCCUCUUGGUACCCGCCGGUGGAGAGAACUUUACCGACUUCAACUACUGGCGCGACAAGCCGCUCGACAUGGAGGACUUUACCGACAGCGAGGAUGAGAGCGAUGAUGAGCAGACUGAGGCGGGGAGCUACCGCAGCGAAGACGAGGGCGAGCAGGGAGAAGAUCUUGAGGCGUCGUACAUGACCAACGAGAGCGUCGACGAAGAGGCAAUGGAAGAUUCGAUACUGGAGAGCGUCGAGGGCAACUAUGGAGAAUACCUCGGCGAGGACCUCGACGCUCCCUACGACCAAGACAACGCAGAGUAUGAGGAGGGAGACGAGUACAGCGAGGAAGAAACGGAGAUUGAGGAACCCAUUGAGCGAAAAGACUUUGUGCCUGCACCGACAACGCCGACCGAAGACCGUGUCCUAUCCAAGAAACAGAGCGUCCCGGGCAUCUCCGAGCGCAUGGCCGAGCGCAUGGCCGAGCGCAUGAACACACUCGACAUACACGAGUCCACACCAACCCCCAAGGACAGUCCGAGGAGGUAG